AUGAUUCACAGCUUGUUCAUCCUGAAUAAAAAUUGCGAAGUGUUCUUCGAAAAGCACUGGAAAAGUGUGGUCAGUCGUUCUGUUUGCGAUCACUUUCUUGAAGCAUUAAAUCAGGCUUCUUCGCCAGAUGAUGUUCCCACGGCUAUCGGUGCUCCACGUCAUAUAUUAAUUAAUAUAUACCGGAAUAAAUUAUUCUUCAUCGCAGUAGUCCAAGGCGAAGUACCUCCUCUAUUUGUUAUCGAAUUUCUUCAUCGUGUCGUCGAUACCAUCACGGACUAUUUCUCUAGCUGUACCGAAUUGACCAUCAAAGAUAAUAGUGUGGUAGUCUUUGAGAUUCUAGAAGAAAUGUUAGAUAAUGGUUAUCCUUUAGCAACGGAAUUAAAUGUCUUGAAAGAGCUUAUAAAGCCACCAAGUAUUGUAAGAAAUGUCAUGAAUACCGUUACAGGAAGCACAAAUGUUGGCGGUCAGCUUCCAACUGGACAAUUGUCGAAUGUUCCUUGGCGUAAAGUAGGCGUAAAGUAUACUAAUAACGAGGUUUACUUCGAUUUUGUUGAAGAACUGGAUGUAAUAAUAGAUAAAACGGGUACCACUGUUUUCGCUGAAGUAAAUGGAGCGAUAAAAUGCCAAUGCAAAUUGUCGGGAAUGCCAGAUCUAGUCAUGACGUUUACCAAUCCACGUAUGUUUGAUGAUUUGAGCUUUCACCCAUGUAUAAGAUACAGAAGAUGGGAGAACGAACGGGUAGUUUCAUUUGUACCUCCAGACGGUAACUUUCAAUUGCUAUCAUACCGGUUGGGAACAAACAGUGUCGUCGCUAUUCCCGUGUAUGUAAAACCGACAAUCUCGUUUCAAGGGUCAUCCGGCAGAUUUGAAAUAACUGUGGGUCCGAAACAGACGAUGGGGAAAGUAGUUGAGAACGUAGCUAUCUCGAUGACUGUUCCCAAAGUAGUAUCGAAUGUAGUGCUUUCUAAUAACCCAGAGGGCAAUUUUACUUAUGAUCCAGUUAGCAAAACCAUGCGCUGGGAGAUUGGUAAAGUAAUGCAUCAGAAAAUCUCUACAAUUCGUGGAAGUAUGCCAUUGCAAAGUGGGGCAAGUGCUCCUGAUUCGAAUCCUACCAUAUUGGUUGAAUUUAAAGUUAAUCAACUAGCAAUUUCAAAUAUUAAAGUUAACCGUUUGGACAUUUACGGAGAGAAAUACAAAGCUUUUAAAGGCGUAAAAUAUAUAACAAAAGCUGGUAAAUUUCAAGUACGGACAUAA